AUUACUAGACACUUCAUUCAUUUCAACUCUUCUUCUCAAGUCUUCAAGCAACUCAGCUCUCAUCGUACAAUGGCUCGUACCAAGCAAACUGCAAGGAAAUCCACUGGAGGAAAGGCUCCAAGGAAGCAAUUGGCUACCAAAGCUGCUCGCAAGAGUGCCCCAGCUACUGGUGGAGUGAAGAAGCCUCAUCGUUACAGGCCUGGAACUGUCGCUCUCCGUGAGAUUAGACGUUACCAGAAGUCUACCGAGCUCCUCAUCAGGAAGCUACCCUUCCAGAGGCUUGUCCGUGAGAUUGCCCAAGAUUUCAAGACUGACCUGAGAUUCCAAAGCUCUGCUGUGGCUGCUCUCCAGGAAGCAUCUGAGGCUUACUUGGUUGGACUGUUUGAGGACACUAACCUGUGUGCCAUCCAUGCCAAGCGUGUCACCAUCAUGCCCAAGGACAUCCAGCUGGCUAGGAGAAUCCGUGGUGAGAGGGCCUAAGAACUGUGACCCUCCUGCACUGUCUCAACAAACUGGCUUUUCUAAAAGCCACCACAUUAUCAAAAAGAAUCACUUUAAUAAUAUUUAUAAGGAUGCAUCAGCUUCACUUGUUUGAAUAUACUUUUUUAUUACACUAUUAAAAGCGAUUAGUAUUCUGUUUAAUAUUGUCUUCCUAGAUUCUCAAUGUUGUACUCUGGUACCGUCAUCCAAGUUAUUGUCUUCCUAGAUUCUCAUCUGUACUGUUGCACUCAAUUUAUACUAGUGUCUAUUGUCUUCCUUCUUCUUC